AUGUCCGACCGGGAGAGCCUGGACGAUCAGCCACAAAAGUAUGGGAAUCCAGGAGGAUUGGAUGCUGGAGGUGCUGACUUUGAUUCCGGUCAGCAAGGCCAGCAAAGCGAGCAGGAACUGGCGACGAAAAUGUUGCAAAUUCAAAGUAAAAGAUUCUACCUUGACGUGAAACAAAACAGACGUGGGAGAUUUAUCAAAGUCGCCGAGAUUGGAGCGGAUGGGAGAAGAAGCCAAAUCUACUUGGCACUCAGUACAGCAUCCGAAUUUCGGGACCAUCUGUCGACAUUUAGCGAUUUUUAUGCAUCUUUAGGUCCACCAAAUCCAGAAAACGUGCCAGAUGACGGAAAACUCAAAUCAGAAAUGAUGGUGAAGGAUAAUAGACGAUAUUACUUGGACCUCAAGGAGAAUUCUCGCGGCCGUUUCCUGCGGGUGAGUCACCCUGUGUCGCAAACGAUAACACGAGGUGGACCCAGGACUCAGAUUGCAAUACCAGCGCAAGGCAUGAUAGAGUUUCGUGAUGCAUUAACGGAUCUUCUUGAGGAAUUUGGGACGGACGACGGUGGCUUCAAAGGCGAUUUACCGGAGGGUCGUUAUAUGCGCGUGGAUAGCAAGAAUUUCUAUUUUGAUAUCGGCCAGAACAAUCGUGGCAUUUAUAUGAGAAUUUCUGAGGUGAAGACGAACUUUAGGACAGCCAUCACCGUACCAGAAAAGUCCUGGGCUCGUUUUCGUGAUAUUUUCGCAGAUUACUGCGAGAAGAUGAAGGAAGGCGGCGGUGGUGUCAGUAGCAGCAGCAGCGGCGGCGGCGGCGGCGGCGGCGGCGGUAGUGGCGGCGGUGGUGUUGGCGGAGGAAACGUAUUGUCCGAGGGGAAAGGCUCGGUGGUGGCACAGGUACCAUCGCCAUCCUCGAACACGCAGCCUAAUCCUAAUCCAAAUCUAGACUCACCCUUAAUCAAGUGAAAAAGGCUUUAACUUAACUCGAACAUUUGGGAAUUAUAAACUCUUAAACUUGUUUUCAAGUCAUUAAGCGAAAUAACGGAACUUGUCAGAGUUGUAUUGCCAUCGUCGUCAUCGUCACAUUAUUCAUCGGCUAUAUGACAUCGACACAUGGUCAUCGGCAUUAUCACGCGGUACGAUCAUCAUUCUCGAGACCGUUUAUCGCCAUCGUCACCGGGGGUCAUCAUUGCCAUCGUCACAUCGCACCGUCGCAUCACACUUACCAUUAAGCGCAAACACCAAAACUCGCCUGAAAUAUGAUCAUUAUAUCGCGGAGGAUAUCGCGACCGAUUGUUGAAUAUAUUCAUAUAACCACAGAUUUAAUAAAAAGGAAAGAAAAGGAAGAGAAAACGAAAAGCGAACGCUUGACGUGGUUAUUAAUACAUGAUUGUUGGCACGUGAGGACGCGAGGAAGACGGAAAGAAGAGCGGAUUAGAUGAUGAUGAUGAUGACGAUGCGUGGGUGUGCGUGUGCGUAUGCAUGUUGCGUGUAUGUGUGCGCGGAGGGAAAAUGAGUCACUGCCGUUCGUGUGCGACUAACACAGGAAUAGAUAACACAAAGAAAAGAAAAGAAGAAAAAAGACAAAAAUACGCAACAACGGAAAAUCGAGAGUAUAAUGAUUGCGAUCGAGCGAUAUCUUUUUAGGCAAACGCGAAUUGCCAUUGAUUAACGUUAUGAGUACUACCGUUCAUUUCCUGGCUUUCUACAUAGACGCACGCAGUUCGUUUGGUUUCAUUUUACGUUUCCUGUCGAUACAAUCUUUUCGAUCUUCGGGCAAUCGCACACAUUUCGCGGAUCUCGCGCGUGUAAGUUUGAACGAACGAGAAUCUUGAACGGGAAAUGGACCGUAGUGUAGAUCACGUUACAAUUGAAUUUGAUCGUUCAGAAUUUAUGAAUAAAUAGUUGUUAUAUUAACGAUUAUAUCACGAGUAAAUAAGAGGAAAAGUGUGUGAGUUGUCGCGAGGAGAAAAUGAUAAGAACAAAGGUCUAUUAUAUCUAUGUAGACAGUACGUACAUCUCUCUUCGAUUUAACCGAAAAGAAAAAAUUCAAAGUUCACUGUAGUUUCGGCGAGUACUUGUCGCGGAAAUGUCGUAAAUUGGAUAUAGAUAAAAUAUCGCUGAAUGUGUUAGGUUUGUUCGAUGGCGAUUUAUUACUGUGGUAAUAAAUUAAGUUCAACAGAAUAUAUACAUAAAACGAAAAGAAUAAGGAUGAAGAAUAUUCGCAUCUUUUAUUCGGAUAUUUACAUUACUGUCUGUACCACGCGACAUUGUGCAUUCAUUUAAAAACUGAACGACGUCUCUAUUAAAAGUAAUGAGAUAUAUGUAACAUAGAUGAGAGAGAGAGAGAGAGAGAGAGAACGAAAAGGAUGCUAAAACGAAAGAAUACGAAAUCAUAUUAAUACGUAUUAAUAUGUAUAUUAUACAAAAUUUAUUGUACAUUACGUUUUCUUUCAUGGAUUUGUAUGAAAAGUGCGCAUACAAUCAUACGUACUGAAAGCUUUUAUAGAAUGCAAGAAGCACAAACACGAACACACACACACACACGCAUACACACGCACGAGUAUUUGCAUUACACUUCAGUGGCAAACACGGCAAAUUUUGGCACUUGACACGGAGAAUCCAGAGAAUAACGAUAAAUACAAGAUAUAUUCCACCAUGAAAGACGUAUAAUUCUAUCGUAAAAAGAGUGUGAACGAUACGAGAAAUGGCGUGUACGUGUAUGUAAUUAAGUUACAUAAAUUUGUGCGAUGAUCGACUUCUAACACACGUGAAUAUUAGGUAUGUAUUAUAUGAAUGCAUAAUAGGUAUUUAUAUAGAAUCUAUAUAGCUGUAUAAUUGUAACGAAAUGCCAAUGUCCGCGGACCUAGGCAGCUGUGUGCAAAUCUGACGAUGUACGAUUAAUUGAAUUAAGAAAUCGCGUUGUUAGACAACUGCAAUUGCUUAGGUCCCUCCCGCUCGACACAGGAACAAAGAUGAGAUAAAACAAACGACACAGAAAAGAAGAAGUAAUAUUUCAAAGCGGUCGAGAGAACAGCGAGGGACAGAAUAACGCAAUCGAGUUAUCUUCCAAAGGAAAGGGAAUCUUAAUACGCUUCGAUUCUGCAACGCUGUGCUAAUAUCAAUAAUGAUAAAUGUAUAUCCUUUCUUUUUUGUUUUUCUUUCACGUGAAAUGGUAAAAUAAUCUAAAUCAUCUAUAUUUCGCACUGGUGCGAAUGGACGGCAAGCAACGCGUAUAGAGAAAGAAAAGGGCACGUAGACGCAUAAAAAAAAAAAAAAAAAAAACUAUUUAAUUAGAAAGAAGCGUAUCUAAUUGAAAUUGAAUCGAAUUGAAUAUGUGAUUGGCACGUUCGAAUUUUCGAUACAAAAUAGAUAAAAUUUUAUUUAUUUCUUAGUGACAAACUUGAUCAUAUUUCUAUAAAAUAUUAUUCCUCAGUUGCAUUUUCUAAAAUUGCAAUUUCGGCUGGUCUGAAUUUACUUAGCACGUAAGUUUUGAUGAACAUACGAAAUAUAAAUUAUACAAUAACAAUUUUUCAAACACACACGAGUGAGUAAAGUAUAUUGAAGAGCCUCGGUCCUAUCCUAUAAUUUACAUUCUUUCAAUUUAAUUUUCGUUCUAUUGUCUGUUAAGGCUCCUGGGCUCUUGCCCAGGUCAUGUGAGCGUGUGAUGCCAGAAGCGAGAAAUGGCACACAAGAAUUCUCAGCGUGUCAUUUCUCGCCUCUGACGUCACGAUCUAAUAUGGUCGCGGCCAGGAACCUUAAACAUAUUAUGAUUGAAUGACACACACACACACACACACACGCUGGCACAAUAUGUAUAUUAUAUACAUAUAUAUAUAUAUAUAUUGCUCAAAUUAUACAGUCCUCAAUAAAUCUUAAGAUUAUGAGCUUUAUAGAAAAAUCUUUCGGAUUAAAUUUAUUUAUCUUUGAGUGAGAAUUUAUGAUCAGUGUAAUAAUGUGUUAGGUGAAAGUAUUUUCGAGAUUUUUUAAGAUUAAUCAAGUAUUUAAAAAAAUUGAACCAUAUAUUUUUUUACAUAAAUCGAUUCUGUUCAUCAUCAUGUAUGCGAAAAAUAUUUAAUCUAAAAUUAUUGAAAAAUAUUUCAUGUAAAAUUAUUGAAAAAUAAGUAGUCUGCGAGAUAAGUAAUUUAUUUUACAUCUUGUCUUAAUGCAUUCUGAUGUAUGAAACCUGAAGUCUCUCAUUAAGCAUUUAUUUUUGAAUAACUAUCUUAAUUUUAUAUAUAAAAUGACGAAAAGAAUCACGUGAUGUUAAAAAUAAAUACGUACAUUUAAAGGAGAACGGCACGUACAGAUACCGUGUAUGUAUAUGCAAAAAAUAAGGUUGUUAUUAGUCUUGUUAUUGUAUGUAAAAUAAAAAAAAUGCUAGGAUAAGGGCAUUUGAAAGUAACUUUGUGAGGUAUUUUAUAUUUUACAUUAGAAUGUAUCAGGAUACAAAAAUAUAAAGUCUCAUUAUAUUCACAUUUUCCAAUAAUUUAAUAUUUUUUGAAUACAGAACGAGUGGAGAGAGUCCGAUUUAUAUAAGAAAAGAUAUAAUUUAAUUUAAUUGGAAAAAAAAAAAAUAGACGUGAUCUUGGAAACUUUGGAAGUAUCCGUGUAAAACAAAACCGUAUUGACUAUGAAAUUAAACAAAUUUUAUCCAAGAUAUUUUUAUAUAAAACUCAUAUUUUAAGAUUUACUGGGGUAAUGAUAUUAACUUACUCUAUUUGUGUGUAUGUGUGUGUAUUGUUACAUGUCGAUAUCUGAUGAAACGGAUGAAAUAUAUUCCAUCUUUCAUUGACACGCUUUACACGAUCAUACUUUACGUUCGUUAUUUAUCGUCAAACUUGAUCGAUUUUUUUUUUCAAAGGCAGAGUAGGAUCGGCAGAAUUCAAUCUGUGUAGAAACAUUGUAUAGUGUUUGAAAUGUUCGAGCGUUGUAAAUGAGAACGGCAAAGAAAAGUUAUUAAAAAAAUCGUUUAAUGACGCAGAUGGUAUGAUAUUAUUGUGAUCUAUACAAAUUACAAAUCACAAAACAUCCACAAGUAGUAGAUAUUUAAGAUAUAAAUAUAUACACACAGACAUACACACAUACAUCCUUCUAUGAUGUGACUGGAGAAAGGGGACACUGUCUUAUUAAAUGCAUACGCGCAAAACAGCGCAUGCAAAAAUACAAAUGUGUAACAAGCGAGGACAACUACAAACGUACCUAACUAAAACAAAAAACGCAGAGAAAGAGAGAGAGAGAGAGAGAGAAAGAGAGGGGGAGGAGAAAGAAAAACAGAUAUAAAGAAAACGGAAGUGAAGAGAUACCGUCUGAUACAUGUAAGAGUAAGCAAAAUAAUAUAAAAUAAAUGAAAGAAGAAAAAACCCACGAUGCUCCUGCCACGCAGCGAGUCUUUAGACAGCUUUAAGAGAAUAUAAUUAUAAAUGAUAAAACAAAUUAUUAAAUAAUUACGAUGAACUUUCUAUAUGUUGAAUCGUGUCUAGUGAGAGAAGUACUAUUGAAGUAAAGCAACACGAAAAAAAAUUAAUAUUACUAUUGCCACACAUAAAUUUAACGCAUUUUAUAUGAUCUAUUUGAUUAAUUAUUUUUAUCGAAUGUUUUUUUCGUUUUCCUUCUUUUAUUUUCCUCGGGACGUAGUGUAACAGAGAGAGGGUGGUUGUUACGGGGUAGCUUUUGGUGUUUUGUUUGCUGUUUUACGAAUGAACGUUGCGCGCGUGGUGAACGAAGGGACCUCCUUGUUGAGGUGUUAAAGCAAAGAGGUGCCGGAAGUUUCACAUACUUAUGUUUUUAAUAUAUUCGGUGAAGUUACACGCGUAUAUGCGCAUACGCAUACGCAUACGCAUACACACACACAACACAUACCUCCUCCCCCCACACACACACACCGCCACUGUUAUUCAUUGUCAAUCUAUUAUUGUCACUUAGAAUUUUUCCGUAGAUAUUGAUGCGUAUAUAGCGAGCGACAGUUAUGUGUUAUGCGAUAUAAUCUUUCUCGCUGCGCAAAGCUACGGUUUGUAAAAAAAGCAAAGUUAAGAAUGAAAACCGCAUUAUUGCUGCGAUUAUCUUAUUCUUAUUGUCAUUAUUAUUAUUAUUAUUAUUAUUAUUACGAUUAUAUUGUCAUUAUUCUUAAUAUAUUACGAUUAUUCUUCUUAUAUUACCAUUAUGAUUAACUAUUAAUACUUAUUAUUAUUGGAGCGCUAGUUGUGUACUGAUGUCAUUAAUAGCGAAAGUUACAUCGAAUCGGCCUUCAAGCAGGCCGAUCUUCUUUCUUUCUUUUUUAGCAUUUAUUACGACAAUCAGUUGAGUUUGUGAAUUCAGUAUAGCUUCUUUCCGUUCAUCUCCCAACUUGAUCCUCUCAUUCCCACGUUCGAUUUCAGUUCAGAGUCUCCUCUCUCAUCUCGUCUGUACAUACUAAAGCGUACUUUUCCCUUCUCCUCGGACUUGCGGCGUUCCGUUCAUUUUGAGUGGUUUCCGAAACUCAGGCUUGGAGUAAAGUGUUGUCUCACGGAAAAAAAAAGAGGAAAAGCUUAAUAAUAAAGGCGAUAGACGACGAUGCGAGCCAAAAGGGAGAGAGAAAGAGCAGAGAAGGAGAAUCGAAAGGGAGAGAAGAGACGGAUGAUCAGAAUUUCGACAGUGUUAAAUUAGACGUUAAGAUUCAACACGAUUGAGCGGAUUGAGCAAAGUUAAUUAUAAUAAUGUCAUUUGGCGCGUUGUUUUCUUUUUUUUUCCUCCCGGCGCGCUCUCGCGUGUGUGUGCAUGUAUGCGUGAAUGCCAAAUUCGUGUACGCACGUGUUUAGCUCGACAAUCGAAAACGAGCGAGCUACUCUUUGUAGGGCGAGACAAGAGAUUGGAGAAAGAGGAAAGCCAAUCGCAAGGACGAUGCGCCAUUGAAACACGUUAAUACUGCGAUCCUCCAAAGGAAGUUAUGUCGCAGGAGGUAAUACUUGUCCUUGCGAAUUAUUACAUUUAAAUCAAUAGAAUAUGAGAAUCAAAGUUUGUUGUUGCAGAAAAACAAUGAGAAUUGCUGCGAUUGGCCUUUGUAUGUCAUUUGAUUUAUUAAAGAUAACAAUCUGUUGCAAA